AUGGACGAUACGGAUGAGAUAGAUUUUCUUAAUUAUGUUUCUUCCGGACAAUAUGAGAGACCCCGUGAGCCCGUUUUAAUAAAAGGCUGUGGGGAUGUAACAAUCUUUGGUAUGAACAAUAAAUUCAAGGAAGAAUUCCCUAAUGAAUUACAUGGUAAACUAGCACCUGAAGAAUUUGAGGAAAGUAUACGUAAAAUAAAUGAGCGCUUGGAGAAUUCACUACCUAGUCAUGUUAGAUGGUUUAUUUGUGGGUUAUUGUGUUGUUGUUGUACAGCUGGCUGCUCACUAUGGCCAGUAAUUCAUUUAAGCAGACGAACCAAAAGAGAUCUACAAAAAAUACUGGAAGCUGAAAAUAUCCGAUUGUAUUGUAAUAUUGGUUUACGUUUGUCUUUGGUCAAACAGCGGUCUUCCGAAACAACAACACUGAUGGAAUACGUUCUUCGAAUAGAUCAAUUGCCAAAAGCGUGUAUAUAUUUUCCUGAUUGA